CUUCCUCUUCCUCUCCCUCUUGUUUCUGUUCCUCUUCCUCUUCCUCUGCGUCCUUCCUGUCCUCUGCCUCUACCUCCUCUUACAAGCGCUCGUCCUCUGUGUCUCUGAUCCAUUGCUGUCAUGAGCUUGCAGGACCAACCUGCUUGCACUCCAAACUGGCUUAUAUUGGUUGUCAUGUUGUGAUGACAUGAUGAGAAAUAAGUUUGAGCAAUUUUGAAUUGUUGUGUUCACUGAAUGACACGUGUUUUAUUUGUGUUCAUAUUUUGCCACUUGUUGUUACCGUUAGAGUUUUAGCAAUUCAGAAUAAAAACUCAAAACAUUCUAUGCGAUUAUAGAGACUUCAUAAACAGGCAUGAAAACACUAAUCUGAUGUGAUUAAGUAAAGCAGAGUUGUUGUAGGUUAAAACGGAUCUUCAGCCAUCUUCCUUUCAGAAAAUAUUGCAGCUGAAACCCUGCCUCAUCAGUGGCCUCAAGGUGGAGUUUUUUGAAGAACAUCUACCAAACCUACUGAUACUCACUGAACAACAGCUCACAUCAGCACACCGUCAGCUUCCGUCCAUACACACUGACAGGAUACAUGCUUACACUCAACAUGAAGACUGAACUAAGAAGAAAAAAUCUUGCUGUCUAUAUAGCAAUGGUUCUGUUGUGUUGUGCAUGUGCAGUUGAAGAAAGGGAAACUGUGAAAGCAAGAGAGGAAGUAACUGUCACCUUAAAUACAGUGAAAUCCAAAAGCCACAAUAAUACUCAGAUAAUGUGGAUUUUUGGACCUAAGGACGUGCUUAUUGCCACUGUGAAGGCAAGGGAAGUCAAGAGUGACUACGAUGAGCAUUUCAGAGACAGACUGCAGCUGGACAGUCAGACUGGAGCUCUAACCAUCACACAGCUCAGAGUCAAUGACUCUGGCAUUUACAUGUGCCAGUCCAUCGGCACCAACAUCUUAUCUGAGCAUUUCCGCCUUAUUGUCUACAGUUCCAUCUGCCCUCCAUCCGUCAACGUCAAUGCAUCUUUAAUCAACACAAGCUGCAGCUCCAUCACAGUGGAGUGCUGUGUGGACAACAGCAGAGAUCUGACCUUAUCCUGGUACAGAGGGAGCGACAGACUGAAAAAUAUGAGCAGUCCUGAUCUGUCCUCUAGGUUGUCUCUUGCUCUGGAAAUAGAGUCCCAUGAUGGAGAUGACUACAGCUGUGUGGCUGAAAACCCUGUUGAAAAAAAGUCCACCAAACUCCAUACAGGGGACACAUGUUUAAAAGGCAGAGGGACUAGCAGCUGGUGUGAGACUGAAGCAACAGUACGACUGGUUUUCUCUGCUGUAAUUGGCAUGGCUUUGAUUGUUCUUUUGGUGGACCACAUCAGACUCAGAAGAUGAAUUUAACUGGAGUCCUGAGGAUCGUCUCAUCACGUUGUCAUCCCAGAGACAAGAAGUAUUUCUCAAAGUCGACACAAGCUGAAACAUGUGAUGAAGAAAAAGCAGGAAAAACUAAUUGCCUAGAAACCCCCAAGGGAGUUCAUUCUGACAUAAAGCCUGCACAAAUAGCAGGAGUUGUUUUUAAAAAUAAAAAGCGCUUCAAAACUUCACCUGACCUCCAUCAAAAAUACAGAUAAUGAGACAGUGACUCUGCUUCCCUGAUGGUAUAACAAUGAUUAGAAAUUUGAACAAUAAUGGACAGUGCAAAAUUUAAUGUGGAUCAAUCCCACAUUCAUCACCCGGCUGUGGAUUAAUCUGCCUCUGAAAACAUUCCUCAGCAAAUACACUAAUUUCUCCUGCUCAUGUUCGAUAAAAACUACCCAGGAUAAAUGUCUGGGGCACGCCCAAGGAAGCAGUAAGUCUUUCAAAAGACAGCUUUGUAUCAAUCUGUGUGAAUGGCUUCACAUUGUCAAAUAAGACUCUAUCCAUUAGAUGGUAUUUUCAGAAAAAAUACAUUUAAAAACAUUUGUAAAACAGCUUGUAAGAAUGUACCCAUUAAUUUUUUAUACUGUUCCGAGUGUUUAUUUUCCUUUCCCACCAUGUUACUUUAUUACCAGUUUGUUCUUUAAUUGUAUUAUUUCUAUCCUGUUGUGCACAGAUAUGCUUCUUGCUUGACUAACUAAAAGAUUAUUGUUUUUAUACCAAUAAAUACACCAUUAAACAGCAACUUUGACAUCUUUUCCUGGUGACUUCUCGUGCUUUAAAAACAGUAAUACCUCUGUCUAUGGAUGUUACUUAUUUAUCCAGAAACAACACUGAGCAUGUAGUACACUUACAUUUUCAUUGGAAAACUACUUUGGGCUUUGUUAUUGAAAUUA